AUGUCGGAAGGAAAUGAUAAAAAAAAUUCAUUGAAUUAUACCGAUAUCGAUGAUUUAAAUGAACAAACCUACAAACAUCUUGCGCCAUAUACAUCAGAUAUGAAAACAACGAAAACUUUUCUCUACGCUACACUCGACAUGAUCCUUCGUUACAUAGCAGAAAUGAACGAACAUGAUUCGCCUGUUAUUAAAAAUGGUCUUCGUACACCCGAUGAAUACCGGCAAAUGUUUGCAUUCAAAAUCGAUGAUAAAGGGAUUGAUCUGUAUGAUAUUCUUGCCAAUUGUGAACGUGUUCUUGAAACAACAGUUCGGUCAGGUAAUUCUAAUGUUCAGUUGAUCAUUUCGUAUGGAAAUCGAUCUAUUAUUCAAGGUCAUCCUCGUUUUAUUAAUCAAUUAAGUCAAGGUGUUGAUAUGAUAUCAUUAGUCGGAGAAAUUAUUACUUCAUCAAUCAAUGCAAAUAUGUUUACAUACGAAGUUGCGCCAGUUUUCAAUCUCAUGGAAGAAAGUGUACUUGCUCACAUGAGACAAUACUGUGGCUGGUCGAACGGAAGUGCAUCGGCAAAGAAGGGCGAUGGCGUUUUAGCACCAGGUGGUGCUGUUUCGAAUUUGUAUGCGGUUUUAGCAGCGAGACACUAUGCUUUUCCCGAGAUCAAAGUAUCAGGCAUUCGAAAUGGUUUACGUCCAGCAAUGAUUAUUUCUAAACACUGUCACUACUCAAUUAAACGAGCUGCUGGUCUUCUUGGCAUUGGUACAGAUUAUGUAUAUGAAGUUGAACCGGACGAAUCGGGUCGAGUAUCAGCAGAGAAGAUUGAAGAGAAAAUCAUUGCGUGUCAACAAUUUAAAUUGACGGUCUUCUUUGUUGGUAUUACAGCAGGAACAACUGUCUUAGGCGCUUUUGAUCCAAUUGAAGAAAUUGCACUUGUUUGUCAUAAAUAUCGUAUUUGGCUCCAUGUUGAUGGAGCGUGGGGUGGAUCAGCGUUACUCUCAUCUAAAACCAAACAUCUUCUACAGGGCAUUGACAAAGCUGAUUCAUUUACAUGGAACCCACACAAACUCAUGUCAGUACAUCUUCAAUGUUCAGCCAUUUUAUUGAGACAUGCAAAUGUGUUGAUGCGCGCAAAUCAAAUGUUAGCCCCAUAUUUAUUUCAACCCGACAAACACUAUGAAACAUCUCUCGAUACCGGUGAUAAAACGAUUCAAUGCGGUCGUCAUAUUGAUAUAUUAAAGCUUUGGCUAGCAUGGAAAGCACGUGGCAACCAAGGCUAUGCUGAACAUGUGGAAAGUCUACUUGAGAAUGCAAAUUUCUUUUACGAAACCAUUUGCCAACGUCAACCGUAUUUUCGAAUAGUGAUGAAACCUCCGUUUAUUAAUGUUUGUUUCUGGUAUGUUCCACCGAGUUUACAAUCCGGUGAUGCGACGUCAAUGGAAUACAAAGAACGAUUGGAUAAAAUUGCACCACAAAUUAAAGAACGAAUGAUGACAAAUGGAACAAUGAUGAUCGGCUAUCAACGUCUCGAUGAUUAUCCGAACUUCUUUCGUGCGAUUAUUUCAAAUCCUGCAACAACUAAAGAAGAUAUUAUCGCUAUGAUUGAUGAAAUACAUGAACUUGGACAUGAUCUCUGA